AUGCUAUUUCUCAUCUGCUCAGAGUGCUGGACAAACUGGAUGGACCGUGAUGACCCAACUGGAAGUGGAGACUGGGAGACCGUCAGUUCUCUGCAGAAGUCAUAUCCAAAGCAAAUGUGCCCAAACCCCACCGCCAUCGAGGUGGCAACUGUGGAUGGCAUCAGUCUGGCUGAUGCGGGCAACACCUUCUUUGCGAAUGAUCACAUCACUGGGCUGAUCUGCAAGAAUGCUGAUCAAAAGAAGUGCUUCUGUCGGGAUUACAAAGUCCGCUUCGUCUGCAGCCCUCCCUACUGCGACACCCAGAAACUGUGCUGGACCAAGUGGUAUGACCGUGACGACCCCUCGGCCACUGGAGACUGGGAGACGCUGAGUUCUCUGAGGACAGCGUACCCCGCUGAUAACAUCUGCGCCAAUCCCAUCGCCAUCGAGAGCAGAACUGUGGACACCAACACACCUGCCUCCAUGACCGGACAAGACUUCCUCCACUACUCUCCAUCAACUGGAUUUGCGUGCGUGAAUGGGCCAAAACAAAAGUGCCGGGACUACAAGGUCCGCUUGGGGUGUCCUUGCUUUACCCUCUUGACUGCUCCGUUGGAUAAAGAAGAGGAAUAAGCCCACUGCCUUCAGGCUGCUGAGCCAUCUCAUUUAAAGCAAAGGCGAAGCAGCAACAGUGCUCACACUACUACAUGCAAACCCACUGCAUAAUGGGACCCAACAAGAGGAGUUUCUGCAAUGGCAAUGACCUCGGCUGGCUGCUUAGUGCACUGGGAGUCAAUGGGAUGUCUUUCUGUAACAGCAGUGACAUCUAUUAGACAUAACAGCAGUGACUUGUGUUAGAUAUGUUACAUGUUGGAUUGUGUGAUAUCGACUAGUGCACAGGGAAAAAUAACAAUAAAAUACACACUUCAAAUUGUGUGUUUUCAUGGUGGUAUUUCAUUCAUGAACAAAGCACGUUUGGGGGAUAUGGUAUAAUUGAUUAGUUUGUUGUAUAAGAU